AUUCAACCCUUCUGUACUUCCUAUCUAUAUAAGCAUGCCUAUAAGCAACUAAAGUUCUACUGUUUUAAUAUUACUCCUCCAUGGCAGCUAAAGGCAGAAGAUUAACACUUCUCCAUCUUUGUUUGUUGCUUUGUGAUAGCUAGCUUUCUUGUGUGUGUUGUUUUGUUGCACAAAUUUUUUGUAACAGUUUUCUUGAGUUCUGUUUUGGGUUGUCUCUUUACAUUGGUGGACAAAGUUUAGUUGCCAAAACCGACGUUAGCAUUACCAGACAGAUAAAGAAGGUGAUAUCAAGCGAAGGCAUAAAAGAAUUAAAAUCCUGUAGUUUCUUUACAGGGAAUUUUUUAUCCAUGGAUACUAUGGGAUGGCAUGGCUGGAGCAACCAACAAGAUGAAGAAAGUUUCAUGCUUUCCAAUAACUCAGAAUUUUAUGCCUAUGGUGGCAAGAAGGAUCAAACAGAAGACAUCUUCCAUCCAAUUCAUGUCAUUCAGAAAGCUCAAGCUUCACUGAUAAAUUCGAGUCCUCAAAAACCCCAAGAAGGUGGAGGGUUAGAAGCCAUUGCACCUUUGAUGAACAGGCCUUACGGCACAACUUCAAUGAGCAAUUUGGUGGCGAAUAUUGGGUUUGGCAUGGUGGAUCAGUCACAAAUUACUGAUGGAUUGCAAAGUAGCAAGGCAGCAGGUGUUUCAACAACAUGCUCUCUAGAGUCUCUUGAUUGUUUGCUCUCAGCUACCAACAGCAACACAGAUACAUCAGUUGAAGACGACGGGAUCUCCAUCAUUUUCUCUGAUUGUAGAAGAAACUUAUGGAACUUUGGUGCCAACAGCAAUGUUUCAUCAGGAGAGUCAGUGAACAAUGCCUCAUAUAUUGCAAGAAAUAAUGAGGAGUUAAAUUGUCCAGUCAAUGAGAUUGAAGAAGCAGUCUCUCAAAGUUCUUCAGAUCAUCAUCAUCAAUAUGUCAACAAUGGCAGAAUUCAAGAGAAAAAGCCUGAUUCAACAACAAAAAGAAGAAUUGAUCAUCAUAAUCCUCCCUUCCAUCUUCUUCAGACUGACCAUUCUUUAGUUGCAGAAGGUGGGUUUAGGCUUAUUUCCGAGAACCCUCCGAAGUCGAAAAAACCAAGAUCAGAGAAGCGUCCAAGUUCAUCAUCAAAUAUCAACUUCCAGCAGCCAAGUUCUUCUGUAUCUUCUUCAAUAGAGGAGCCUGAUCCGGAGGCCAUUGCUCACAUGAAAGAGAUGAUAUACCGAGCAGCGGCGUUCAGGCCGGUGAACUUAGGCCUGGAAGUGUUGGAAAAGCCUAGGAGAAAGAAUGUUAGAAUCUCAACUGAUCCACAAACAGUGGCUGCAAGGCAAAGAAGGGAGAGAAUAAGUGAAAGAAUUAGGGUUCUUCAGAGGCUAGUCCCUGGUGGAAGCAAAAUGGACACUGCUUCGAUGCUUGAUGAAGCUGCAAACUAUCUCAAAUUCCUGAGAUCACAAGUUAAAGCACUAGAAAACCUGAGUCAGAAACCUGAGUCAAUAGUGAAUAAUGGUCCACCUCCAAAUCUUGCUUUCUCUUCUUUACCAUUAUUCAACCAAUCUUUUCCCAUGCAAACCCAUUUCUCACUUCAGAACGCUAAUCCAAAAUGCCCAUAAAAAAAUUCCUAAUCAUGUUCCUUACUCAUUCACUUCAUGAUGAAAUGAUUAAAAGGCAAAACCCCAUUUCCCUUUAGCCUAAAAACACGUACAAAAAAACUGAUGAUAUUCAAUAUCCGUCUAUGAUUAUUAUGUUCAUGAUUAUUUCACUAAUCAUAGCUUAAUUUCCUAAUUACUGCCAUCAUGAAAUCCACCUCCCAAGAGUUUGUUUUUGAUGAUUAUCUAAUUUUCAAUGUGGUGGAAAGGUUUAGCAAUUAUAGCACUUAUGAUUAAGAUCAAGGGGCUAGAAAGUGAUGAUGAUUGUGAUCACUUUAGCUUAUAUUUUAGCCAGUUUGUGUUAAAUUAAUGAAUGGCACUUAGCUGAUCA